AUGAAGACGUCUUCCACCGUUGGACAAACUGUGCCGUGCUUGCUGGGAGACAAUGCUGGUUCCGCGCCCGAUUAUGAGAUAUCAGCUGCCGAAUCAAACAGAACGCCAAGGGUAUAUACCUUGCGCUCGCUGCCGCCGACGGCAGCCGAGGUGUGCGAGUCCAUGUCAGAGUAUGGCUUACCUGAUGUCAUCUACCAAGAGCCCUUCUACAGUGAUGAGGGAGAUGUGCCACUCCGGUCAAGGGAGUUUGCUGGGCGCCGGUUCCGCCUCCUUGGGAGCACGUUGCCAUAUCUGCCCGAGUUUGAUCCCCUAGGCCAAUCGCCGGCUACAUUUGGUGCCAAGGCCGAAGAGGCGCCAGACCAGGCGGGGAUGCAACGCGAGUACGAGAGGCUUCGGAAGACGUGCUCGAUAAGAAGCUGGGAAAUAUCCAAGCCGCCUCCGACCCUGGAGGAGGUGUCGGAGUGGUGUGACCAGAGGGACCAGAGACUAGACAGGGAGAGGAAAGCGGGCGCGUCCGGACAUGCCCAGCCACAGCCACAGCCCCCUUUGUCCCAAAUCGAAGGGCCGACGCCGAGAGAUGGGCACGGGUUCAAGUACUCUCAAAGGAAAAAGUCGGCCAGCGUGCAGCACGAGGUGCAGUACAUGAGCACCAUGAGCAUGGAGCUCCACGUCAACACGCGCGAGAGACUGGUGCCGGACCCAGAAGAGGACGAGGUCAAGCUAAUUUUCUGGUGCCUCAAGUCAGACGGAGCCUCUGGCGGGGUGCAAUCGGGGGUCAUCGUGCUGUCUGAAGACGGCAGGUUGGGGCGGCGGAUGCGGCAUCAGGUGUCCGGGCAGCUCGUCGAGGAGGCCUCGGAGCUGGAAUUGAUGUUGCGCAUGGUGGAGCUUGUGCGGACGCACGACCCCGACAUUCUCACGGGAUACGAAGUGCAUGGUGGCUCAUGGGGCUACCUGGUAGAGCGGGCCCGGCUCAAGUACGACUACGACCUGUGCGAUGAGUUCUCACGCAUGAAGAGCCAGUCGUCGCACGGGCGGUACGCUAAGGGGGCGGACCGCUGGGGGUUCCGCACGACGUCGGCCCUGCGCGUGACGGGCCGCCACAUGAUCAACAUCUGGCGUGCGAUGCGCGGUGAGCUAAGCCUCCAACAGUACAGCAUGGAGAACGUGGUGUGGCACCUGCUGCACCGCCGCAUACCGCACUACGCGUAUGAGACGCUGACGGACUGGUACCGCAACGGCUGGCACCGCGACCUCGACAAGCUGGUGCGCUACUGGCAGACCCGAGUGCGCCUCGACCUCGAGAUACUCGACGAGAACGAGCUCGUGUCGCGCACCAGCGAGCAGGCGCGCCUGCUGGGCGUCGACUUCUUCUCCGUCUUCUCGCGCGGCUCGCAGUUCAAGGUCGAGUCCAUCAUGUUCCGCAUCGCCAAGCCCGAGAGCUUCCUGCUGCCGUCGCCCAGUCGUCAGCAGGUCGGCGCCCAGAACGCGCUCGAAUGCCUGCCGCUCGUCAUGGAGCCGCAGAGCGCCUUUUACACCAGCCCCGUCGUCGUGCUUGACUUUCAGAGUCUGUACCCCAGCGUCAUGAUCGCCUACAACUAUUGCUACUCGACCUUCCUCGGCCGCAUCGUCGACUGGCGCGGCGCCAACAAGAUGGGCUUUGCCAACUACCGCCGCCGCCGCCGCUUGCUGGAGCUGCUGCAGGAUCAUAUCAACAUCGCCCCCAACGGCGUCAUGUACACCAAGGCCACCAUCCGCAAAUCGCUGCUCGCCAAGAUGCUGACCGAGAUUCUCGAGACGAGGGUGAUGGUCAAAAGUGGAAUGCGCCAGGACAAGGAGGACCGCGCCCUGCAGCGCCUGCUCAACAACCGCCAGCUUGCGCUCAAGCUGCUCGCCAACGUCACCUACGGCUAUACCUCGGCCUCUUUCUCGGGCCGACUGCCCUGCUCCGAGAUUGCCGACAGCAUCGUGCAGACGGGCCGUGAGACGCUCGAGCGCGCCAUCACCUUUAUCCACUCGGUCCAGCGCUGGGGCGCCGAGGUUGUCUACGGCGAUACCGACAGCAUCUUCAUCCACCUCAGGGGCCGCACCAAGGAGCAGGCGUUCGAGAUUGGAAACGAGAUGGCCAAGGCCAUCACCGACAUGAACCCGCGGCCUGUCAAGCUCAAGUUCGAAAAGGUAUACCUGCCGUGCGUGCUUCUGGCCAAAAAGCGCUAUGUCGGCUACAAAUACGAGAGCGUGUCUCAGCUUGCGCCCGACUUUGACGCCAAGGGAAUCGAGACGGUCCGCCGCGACGGCACGCCCGCCGAGCAAAAGAUUGAAGAGAAGGCGCUGCGCUUGCUCUUUGAGACGGCAGACCUGAGCCGCGUCAAGGCCUACUUCCAACGCCAGUGCGACAAGAUCAUGCGCGGCAACGUCUCCAUUCAGGACUUUUGCUUUGCCAAGGAGGUCAAGCUGGGCACCUACAGCACCCGCCGCGGCACUGGCCCUCCGCCCCCAGGCGCCCUGAUCAGCACCAAGAGGAUGCUAAAGGACGCCCGCGCCGAACCGCAGUACGGCGAGCGCGUCCCCUACGUCGUCGUUGCGGGUGCCCCGGGCGCCCGGCUCGCCGACCGCUGCGUGCCUCCCGAGGAUCUGGUAUCGCCCGCCGGCACGCACCUGCGUCUCGACGCCGAGUACUACAUUUCCAAGAACCUGAUCCCGCCGCUAGAGCGCAUUUUUAAUUUAGUUGGUGCCCAGGUGCGUGCGUGGUACGACGAGGUGCCCAAAGUAAAGCAAGUUCGACGCAUCGUCGUCGAGCCCGCAGGGGGAGCGGGAGUGACGGGCGCCUCGUUUGGUCACCUUUUCGGCUUCGGGUCGGCCAUUGGUGGCGCGUGGCACAGGCCCCAAAAGGUCACGUUGGAAUCAUAUAUGCAAGUCAUGAGGUGCGCCGUCUGUAACGUGCAUAUACAACCGAGGCCGUCGCCGAGGCCGUCGCCGAGGCCGUCGCGGCGGCCUUCCAUACCCGCCGCCCCAAGGAUUGCUCCCGUCUUUGCUUUUCGUCAGCAACAACAACCACCACAGCAGCAGCAGCAGCAGCAGCAGCAGCAGCAGCAGCAGCAGUCACGGCCUGCCAAGCGCCAGCCAAAGAAGCCGGGUGAACCCCUUGUCUGUGGACGCUGCAGAAGCGAUGCGCGGUCGUCGCUGCUUGCCAUGCAGGCGCGCGUGAAGCACGAGCGACGCCGUCUCGAAGACGUCCUGGGCGUGUGCCGCAGCUGCGCCGGCCUGGCGUCCGCCCACGAGCCCGUCGAGUGCGACAGCAAGGACUGUCCCGUCUUCUACACGCGCAUCAAGCAGGCCAUCACGCUACGCACCGAGACCUCCAUCGCAGAACCCGUCAUCAGCAGGCUUGAGAUUAGGCUGGACAAGGCGAGCCGAGCGGCCCUGUAUGAGUGGUAGUGGACAUUUCGGGGGGGGCAAAGGCAAAGGGGGGCAAGGGCAAAAGCACAAAAACGGACAGCGUGCAUCCGUAGCUUCGGGAUUAAGGACCGAAUUGGGUGCGUUGUGGCCAAAAAGGGUAUGCAUUGUGCGCGCGCGCGUGUGUGCUGUAGCCAGUUUAAUUGGCAGCGAUUGAUGGUACGUGCACAUGGUUAGUACGGGGCCAGCACGGGGCCAGCCGGAGCAACCGGAGCAGCCGGAGCGCAUGUAAAUUGCGCCUAAGCGGUAAAUAAGCGCCGGUCGUGGAAAAUUAGCAUUUGGGAAUUUUUUUUGGAACAUAGCAACGGAAACGUAAUGGCGUGCCGGGGUGUGCCGCCGGUAAUGGGUUGCCGGUGAUGGGUUGUAAUGCGUGCAGGUGAUGGUGCAGGUAAUGGUGCAGGUAAUGGGUGCCGGCGCAAUUGGCAAUUGGGUGCGCGCUAGUGUUGCUGCUUCUCCCCCAAGCAACAGGCGCGUCCGGGUCAUCCGGCUGUUUGUAAUUCUCUGCAUUCCUAUCGGAUGUUGGGUUUAUUGCCCGAACCUAUCGCGCAUGUGUUAAUUGACACAAAACCUCCCAGCGCCAAGAAUGAUGUACAUGCCAUACGGGGUUCGGUUCCCCGUCGCAACCCAAACAAUGUUAGCGCUCUAGUAAAAAGAACACGCAAGCAGUAACUAGCAGUA